GUCAAACUGUGUUCCAAAAAUAGAAACAUGCAGAUGGAAAGGAAAUAUAAAGAGAACUUGUGACUUGUAACUCAGCCAAUCAGAUGGAAGUUUCCAGUACAAAAUACUUGUUGCUUCCGUCAUUUGUUUUCUUUCUAACAGCUCUACAUGAGUACCAUUGAGGUUCUGAAGAUGGCUCCGAUCUGGACAAUUAUUUUAUUUCUCAGCAGAAUAUGUAUGUUUUAAGGACAUUGUAUUUAAAAAGUCUACAGAUAUGAUUGUUACUCCGAAUGAAAUUUUAUUCACUGUUUAUUUCUCUUGUUUUAUUAUAUAUAAUUUUAUUUAUUUUCUAGCUCCAGCUCUAUCUGUGGAUUUUUCCAGGCCAUCAUUCCUCUCAGUGAAGUCUGGAGAACAUGUUACUCUUAAAUGCCCAUUUGGAGACAUUCGUAUGGCUGAAAGUGUGGUCUGGUACAAACUUGUAUUUGGAGAGAUGCCGCAAAAAGUGGGAGAAAUAUUAGCAUAUAAGGAUGUUAAAAUUUGGCCGGAGUUCAAGACUUCAGGAUUUAUAAUGUUGGUGACUGAUAACGGCAUUUCUCUAACAAUUCCACACAUAAAAAAAGAUGAUGGAGGACUUUACUACUGUGAAAAAUGUAACUUGGAUGAUGUUUCAUUAUCCAAUGGAACAUUCUUGGCUGUAACAGGUGAUGGAGAUGUAAAAGUCUCAGUGUUCCAGAGCGGCGUGUCGGACUCGGUUCCUGCAGGAGCGUCAGUGACUCUGCAGUGCUCGGUUCUCUCUGAGAGCAGAUCAGCAGAACUCCAAGUGCUCUGGUUCAGAGCUGCUCCACCACAAUCCCAUCCUCAAAUCAUUUACACUCAUCACAACAGCAGCCAUCAGUGUGAGAGCGGCUCUUCUACACACACCUGUGUGUACAACUUCUCCAAGAACAUCCUCAGCCUCAAUGAUACUGGAACUUACUACUGCGCUGUGGCCGUGUGUGGGAAGAUCAUUUUUGGGAACGGGACACGAGUACAGUUGGAGAACGUUUCAGAUUUGGUAAGAUCUUUAGGUCCUGAAGUGAUCUACCUCGCAGUAGUGGUGGCAGUGUGUGUGGUUGUGAUCUUCACUCAAGUGUUUAUAAUCUGUAAAAUGAGAAGCCGUGAACAAUCCAGAGCGAGACCUCAACAGUAUUCUGCCGUAGAGAAAACAGCCAAUCAGGGCCGUGAUGCAGCGGAGCUGAGUUAUGCUGCUUUACAUUUCAAUAAGAAGAACACCAAAAGAGUGACAAGAAAGAGAGAAAAACCUGAAGACUGUGUUUAUACUGAAGUCUCGUCUGCUACCUAGAUAAUACUUCUAAUUUAAUUUGUUUAAUUUAUUAAUGAGGUUUACUUUUCAGGAGGAAAAUUUAUUAUGUCUCUUUGGUCAGCGUUCUCAUGUCUUGUGAUGGUUAAUCAUGAUAUUGAUUAAAGAUGUGAGGGUAAAAAUCUAAAAUAAUUAUCAAAAAAUCAAACUGUGUCGUUUUUUCUGUGUAAUCCUGUGAGUAAAGUUCAGCACAUCCACCAAAAAUUCUCUUCAUGUCUUGUCAAUACUAAAACUAUGCAGAUUGUUAUAAAGACCUAAAAUCUAAGUUGAGCUAAACUGAUUUUCAGACGAUUAUGCAAAACAGUCAGUAAUGGUAAAUGGUCUGCACUUAUAUAGUGCUUUUUUAACCGUAGCGGUUCCAAAGUGCUUUACACUGGUCCUCGUUCACUCAUUCACACACACGCUCACACACCAAUGGUAGCAGAGCUAACUUGCCAUUGGGAGCAACUUGGGGUUUAGUGUCUUGCCCAAAGACAUUUCGGCAUGUGGAGUCACGUGGGCCGGGAAUCGAACCGCCAACCCUACAAUUAGUGGACAACCCACUCUACCACCUGAACCACAACUGCCCAGUAACUGUACACCUACAAAGUGAACUAUAAUGAGCUUUUAUUGGUCACAUAUACAGUAGAGCA